AUGCGAGCUGGUCAAAUAACUUGGAUUUUUUUCAGCAUCCUGCUCUUCCUCAAUCUACCCUUUCUUGCAGUGCCACUCCCAUCCAUACUCAAAUCUUCCUUCGGAUCCUUGGAUGCCGCCGGAUCUUUUGGUGCCGCCACAUCCCUUUCAAAGAGUGCAUCAACAAAAUUGCUAGAUUCCAAGAACAUACUCAGUCCCACAGACCCGUCAAUUGAGACUCUUAAAACCGACUCCAAACCUAAGAAAAUCACCUGCUUGACAAUCGGAUCGCGUGGGGAUGUUCAACCAUACAUCGCACUUUGCCAAGGACUGAUCGCAAAGGGACAUACAUGUACCAUAGCCACCCACGAAAAAUUUGGAGGCUGGAUCAAGCAAAACGGAAUUGGGUUUCGUCCAGUUGCUGGAGACCCCGAAGAAUUAAUUAGACACUGUACUGCAAAUGGUAAGGAUCUUAUGGCCUUAACUGAAUGCUCAUGGGAAGCCUGCCAGGGUAGUGAUCUUCUCAUCGAAAGCCCAAGUGCAAUGGCCGGUGUCCACAUUGCGCAGGCCCUCAACAUACCAUACAUCCGAGCCUUCACAAUGCCGUGGACAAAAACUGGCGUUUACCCUCAUGCCAUGGCUGCGAUGGGAAAAUCUUGGGGAGCAUGGAUGAAUAGGCUAAGCUACAAGCUGUUCGAUGGCAUCACGUGGCUUCUCACGCGAAAGGAAAUAAAUCUCUGGAGGGAAAACUAUUUGAGACUCCAACGCACAACCUUAGCAGAACUGAAACUCUCAGAAGUUCCAUUUUUGUACAACUUCAGUUCCCAUGUCGCUCCAAAACCGACUGACUGGGGACAUUUGAUACAAGUGACUGGAUAUUGGUAUGUUAAGCCGACGCAUAACGAAGCCAGUGUAUCAAAUGACUUGAAACAAGCCAUAGACAACGCCAGAAAACAGGGUAAAAAAAUUGUCUAUAUCGGGUUUGGCUCGAUUAUCGUUCCGGAUCCUAAAAAAAUGACCGAUGCUAUUGUCGGGGCAGUUGAAGAGUCCAACGUAUUCGCUAUCAUAUCAGGAGGGUGGACGGCCGGUGCAGCAGAGGGUGCGACAAAAGGUGCAACAGAGGUCAUGGCGGAAGGUACCACAGAGGCUGCAAAAAUCGUUCCCAAAAAGGCUGAGAUGGAUGCAGAGGAUGCCACAGCUUAUAUGAAGCGAAAAAUCGGGGAGCGGUCUAGUUCAAUGCACUACGUGGACUCAGUUCCUCAUGACUGGCUAUUUCCACAAAUCUCUGCAGCUUUACAUCACGGCGGCGCAGGCACAACAGCUGCAAGCAUCCGAGGCAAGCACUUUGGAGCCUGA